AUGCCGAAAUUGCCGCCGCCCUUUUCGAGAGGCCAAAUUCAAGCGCGAAAUCGCCGGCGAGGUGCGGGCGAUGUUAAUUACGCGUGGCAGCUCGCAUGCGGGAUCCUCUCUUCCUUCCUUCGUUGUGUCAACGACCUCAUCACCGCUUUGCCCUGCCCGCUCGGUCAUCAUACCCAUUCGAGCACCGACCUUGGUGCCGUCGUAGCGAUGUCGGAAAGCGACAAGCUGACGCUGGCGCGCGUGGCGUGGAUGCAGUCGAUCGUCUCGCACCGCAUCGUACCGGUGCGCUUUGCCAAGCACCUCUAUGCGCGCUGCUGUGCGGUGGCGCAGACGGCGUACGAAGAGAACACGUAUCGGUCCAUGAUGCAGGAUGCAUCGAAGCAUCUGUCGGUGCUGGAUCUGGAGCUGCGCACGGUCAACGACCAGGCGUCCGGUCAAGCCGUGCUGGCACUCGUGAAUACCAAGCAAGACACGCUCAUCCAGGGCGCCACGCGCUACUCGCCCCUCGAGAUCUCGCUGGUCAAGAAGCUCGUCGAGGAGAUCUUCAAGGCGCGAAAAGAGGCAUAUGCAAUUCCGGCCCUCGAAGCGGUCAGACUCGGCAGCAAGUUGAGGACCCAUCUGACUAGGGAUGCAACCGAAGAGCUGCUCAGAAACUUGGUCGACCACAAAUGGCUGGACUAUUCUUCGGAGGGGAUUUAUACGCUUUCGACGCGGUCGUUGUUGGAGCUGCGCAACUAUCUGCAGAACGAGUUUGAGGAGCACUACCACACGUGCACGCACUGCAAGGAUGUGGUGACGCUGGGACUGGCAUGUUCGCAUGCACCGCGUAGCUGUUCGGCGCGCUAUCACAUGCACUGCGCGCGCAAUACUAUCGGCUCCGCUGUAAACGACGACGAAGCCCUGGCGCGAUUGACGGGCUUUCCGUGCCCCGUUUGUCGCCGCACCUGGAAGUCCCGUCCCAUCGGCCCCAAGGCUCUCGUGCUCGUGGAUCGCGAUACUCCCUUCAGCUCCCAGCCCGACCACCCACGACACCAACCUGCGCAAAACGAGAACGACGAUUCCGACGCCGACGUCGAAUCCCAACUCGCCUCGCUCGACGGCGAAGAGAGCGCACAGCAGCAACAGCCUGUCGCGGUCAAGCCAGAACCAGCGGCAUCCCAACCCGCACGACGACAAAGCCAGCGUCGCCGCAUCGACGACAGCGACGAUGACGAACAAGACGUCAAACCCCGCCGACGCCUCCGUUAG